AUGACUGAAAUAAUGAAAAAUGUCGUCAUUCUUUUAACAUCCACAGCUUAUCGGUUUCUUUAUAAGCCAAAGUUGGGAAGAUUCCUUUUCAUUCCUAGUUGGCUUUCCUUGGAGACCACUGCGGUAACAGGAGCUCUGUUGUUUUCAGCAGCCUGUGAUCCUCGAGUUUAUCGUGUGGGUGGCUUCGUAAGUAUGCUAGACACGUUCUUAUAUCUGCUCCUACAAUGGGCAAGCCUUCUGUUUGUAUUGAUUUCAUGUGGAAAGAAGGACGAAGAGGAAGAAGGGGAAGAGGAGGGAGAGGGUGGAGCACCUGGAGCUCCUGCUGAAGGAGCCGCUCCGGGAGCACCUGGAGCGCCUGGAGCACCUGGAGCACCUGGAGCACCUGGAGCACCUGAAGGAGGCACAGCUUCGUCAUCUUCGGGCGUAAAGCCACCAGAGGGUGCUAAGCCUGAGGAGAAGAAAGAAGAGGGUGAGAAGAAGGAGGGUGCAGAAAAGAAGGAGGAGGAGAAGAAGGAAGAAGGAAAGGAGGAGAAGAAGGAAGAAAAGAAGGAGGAAGAAAAGAAGGAAGAAAAGAAAGAAGAGAAGGAGGAGAAAGGAGGAAAGAAGGAAGAAAAGAAGGAGGAAGAGUCAGGAAGUACCCGCCAUGCUGAGAGAGAAGAGUACAUGGAUCUCUUGUCUUUCUAA